UGGGAAUGAAGUGGACUACGUAACGUAAAAUUACGCUACAACAAAGCGUUGCAUUUUGGUAUUCUAUUAUACUUUUGCCUUUUGGCAUUUGAAUUGCCUCAGUUAUAAUCAUACAUUUAACUCAGUUGUCAGUUGCAUACUUCUCCGUUACGAAAUAAACGUACCCGUUUUGAUUCGGCAUAAGAAAACCCAGCAUUUACCCCGUUUCAUAUAUUUCGUUGCGCAAACCAUAAUCUGGCGCGAAUUGCUACAAGGAAUCUUGGAAAUUUUAAAAAACUAUAAAUUUGUUAGAGACAAUUCGACAUAGCUUUGUAAAACAAAUAUGUCCUCUCAACUGCAACAAAUAGCGGCGUUAUGUCCAGAACUACGUUCUGAUAAAACAGCUACUAGAAACAAAGCAAUGGAACGCUUGGAGAUAAUUUUGGUGAAUUCUAAGGAUGACCUGAUCCAAAGACUCCGUGGUAAACAUAUGGAAGACUUUACUUUGAAUGAAAUAUUUUCCAGUGCUAUUGAUGCUGUUCUGAAGCAUGCUUCUAAAGUUGUGGAGUUAACAGACCAAAAAAGCAUUCAAGCUAUGCUCAACAAAAAUCAUAUAUAUCGUUCAGUUAUUCAUAAAAUAAUUGAUUACAAUUUGGAAAAUGAAAAUAACUUUCUAACAAAAUCUUUAAUCUACCAUGCAUUUUGUAGUGGAUUUAGCACUACAAGUGCAGUAAAAAUUUUUGGUAGCUUGUUCAUUCAGAUUGUGGAACGUGGAAUAUAUAAAUGUCCUUUAUAUGUUCGCGAAUUGAAAAUUGAUGAAUAUAGCAAUAUUCUUUCCAAUUUGUUUGAAAUAACAAUUCCUGGUGAUGAGAUUCUUCAUUUUGAAGUACUCUCCUGCAUAGUUAAAACUAUAGAAUUAGCAGUUCAACAUGUACAUAUACAAGACGAAAUUGUAGAUUACUUUCCAGAAAUAAUGCCUUUUGCCCGAAAAGCCAACGAUGAUCGCAAAAAGUCAGAUGUUAUCAAAUUGUAUUAUUUUUUUAUUUCACAGUUAUCUAUAGAUUAUCAUCAUACGAUUUGCGAGUCCCUACAGGAUGUAUUACCAGUUUUGUGUGAUAUGUAUAAUUUACAGUUGAAGCCAGAAGUUAAAGAAAAAUUUUGCGUAUCAGUAUACUUAUCUGUACAUGCUAUAUACCCAAAUAUUAAUAAUGGCAGUUUUAAAACGUUGAAAAUUAACAUUAAAGAUAGUUGGCCGAAGACUCUGAACAAAUUAAAAUCUAUAGUGGAAUUGGAAAUUAGAGAAAGAAGGGCAACGAUUCAAAGGGCAAAUCAAUGUGGGCGUGAAAAAUAUAUGGAGAACUUCAUUGAAAUGGCCAGUGAUAUUGUAUAUGUGAUAUUUUGGCAUAUUAAUUCUAAUGCCGACCUUGCGAAGUUGGAUGAACCUUUGAAAAAAGUCUCAAAAGUUUCGGACAAUUUAGAUAUUGUGUUGCGGCUUAUUCAGAAUGACAAUACUAUUAAUGAAACUUGGUUUGCAAUAAUGGCUGCCCUCCUUAGUAAUCAAAGAAAUGUUAUAAACAUAUCAAAUUACCAAGAACUGCUUCAAUUUAUUUCAAACGUGUUAAAUAUUUCAGCAAAUGCGGUGAUUUGGCGUAGUAUACGACGUAGUCUGAUAGCAAUCUUAAAAUUCGAAGACUAUAUGUCGUCAAUUAACGACAAAAUCUACAUAAGUUAUAGUGAGGGAACAUGGAAAAAAAUAACAAAUGUCUUAAUAUCUGAGUCCUCCGAAAAUAAUGAUAUUAUAACAGAGAAACAAAUAUUGUUACAAGAAUUAAUAAAAUGCGGAAAACUCUCAUUCGAAUCAAGUAACAAUCUGAUUCAAUCUAUUAUUAGUAAUAGUAUUUUAAGGCGAUCUGAAGCAUUUGAAACCAUUCGUCAAAUUUUAAUACAUUCAGAUAUUUGUGGUAUAGAUAAAAAUUCCAACAUUGUUGAAAAAAUUGUAAUAUGGGCUUAUGAAGUAAACGAGAAAAUAAAUGCUAGAAGUAUGCUUUUAAAUAUUUCUCCCGUCGAUAUUACCCUUAUAAAUGAUACAUGCGCUAUUGCGGUCAUAAAUUUCUUAAAUGAAAAUCAAAUAUUUCCAAAAACAUGCGAAGUUGAAAAUCAAAUGAAUUUUACUAAUUUAAACAUGCUCCAAUACAAAUACAAUAUGAAAUUUGUGUGCUUGGAGGAACAUGGUAGACCCCUAAAAUCAAGCCAAAAUGCGACCGAUGCAGAUGCCGUUUCUUCAAAAGAACUCGGAAAUUGCCUAUUUCAGAAUACUUAUGAGCUGCUGAUGCGUACUCUCAAUAUAGAAAUUUCAAAACAAACGACUUGUGUUAGUAUCGUUUCGGAUAUGACAUCACUAAAUAAAUUGGCAGAUCUAAUGAAAACAUUCCUGCAUUAUGGAGUAUUUACUAAUCAAAAUUUAGUGCAGUGCCCGCUAAUAAAACGCAUUGGAUUUUAUCUUAGUCAUAUGGAGUUUCAACUAAAAAGUAAUGAUCCCAGAAAUAUAGAGCGAACAGAAUUAUUAGAAAUUUUGCAGUAUUUGGAAUCAUUUAUAACAACUUUUACAUCCAGUGUGGCACUAACUCAGUUUUUGGAAGCGCAACCAUUGGAGGAGUUGAUAAACUUUUUAGGAACAAGUUUGUCACAUAGCGCUUCCCAACAUUUACAAAGUAAGGCCAGGGACUGGGCGGAAAUUCGCUUAAUAUCGCUUCGUAUUCUGGCUGAACUAUGUGCCAGUAACACUUACCAAAAAGAUGCGUUUCAUCAUAUAUCACGAUAUGUUUUCAAUAUUCGCCAUGAUUUAGACAUUCUUCUUCCACUGAUAAAAAUAUUUUGUAAGAGGAAAAGCGGCAAUGUAGCAGAAAACUUACCUAUUGGCGAAUGGUUCGUAGAUAAAUUAAAAUUAAUUUUUAGAUUAUAUUAUAUGGAUCUUAAAAUCAUCGGGAGAUUAGUUGCCAUGCUUCCAGAGAUUUUCGAAUAUGUCUACGCAAUCAAUGAAUUAUUGGAUAACAUGUUCGUGGCAUUAACAUCAUUAUUGAAAAUAGCAUAUAAAAAAAAUUAUCCCGAAAAAAUAACAAGCAAUUUAAUAGACAGUGUUCGCCUGAUUUCACGAAAUUGUGAAGGGAUUUGGAUGAAGGAUGGUUUCAUUUGCAUUUGCAUAUCUUUGAUGAAGUUUUUAUCUUUCCCGUCGCUUCGAAUUCAGUUCGCAUUGAUUCGCACGAUAACCUCAUUAAUGGAUACUGGUUGGCUGAAAAGUUCAUCCACAACAUUUCAUAUUAAUGAGCACUAUAAUAUGUGUGAACAGUUGUUUUCUGCAAUAAAUUGGAAACUUUUAUUAGACACGUCAACAGAUCUGGCACAAAAUCGUAACUCAGUAGUGACGCAACUCUUAGUGGCUCUAUUUGCUUUCAGUUCAUAUUACCAGAAAAAUGCGUUAAUUGAAUUGGGGAACUUCUAUGCCGCAAGGAAAUUAACGGAAGCGGACUUCGACGAGUUUGUACAGGUUUCUUAUUUUUUCGGAUGUUCGCAGGCCCAGUUAAUAAAACCUUAUAUGAAUAGUUUAAUCUCAUCAUGGAUAUCUAAAGAAUGGCCUAUUUCAAAAUUUCCGUAUUUCCUUUGUUAUUCAAACAAAGAUGAAUUCAUGAUGGAUAAUAUUUCAAUAAUUUCGGCAUGUAUGCUACUAUAUAUUCCCAAUGGAGAUUUAAAAAAACUAAAUAAAUACGCAACUGACGAGGAACUUAUAAAGAAUGCACUUCCAAUUUUAGAGGCAUACAUGUUGCCGCAUAAGGCGUUAUGUCCGGAGUCUCAAACCCAAAGCUACAGGAAAUAUAUCAACGUGUUAAAUGGAAAUAUGCAGCGAUUGGGGUGGAAAUUACCACCGUCAAGAAUUAUUCAUUGGAAACCAAUAUAUUUUUGCUGUAGCAUUUUAAAAGUUGAUAAUCUCUCUGCGGCAUCUUUUGAGUUUCCAACGUUAUAUGGCACAUCAUCUUGGUAUCACUUAAAUUACGAAUCUCUUAAACAAUCUUUAAAAUUAUAUUUGAUUGAUGAAGACGAAACGAAAACGUGGUUUUCUUCACUUUGUAGUUAUCCCCUUCAGUUUUUAAAGGUUAUUGGUGCUCUUAAAGCAGAUGUAUCCGCUUGUAUAUUUUCUAAUGAGAGAAGCUCCUGCUUUUAUAAAUAUUGUACAGCAGUUGAUAUGAUUAUUGAUUCGAUUCCAACACAUAUUACUUCGACAAGAGGGAAAAAUAUUGCUGAGUAUUUUGUUCGUGAUACGAUUUUAUUUUUAUCUCAAUGUUUUCAAACAGUUCAAUACCUGGAGUUGCAAAUGAUGGGACUUCUUUUUUUGCAAUGGCUUUUCCGAAAGUCUUUUAUAACAAUUGGUGGAGGUAAAGAAGUCAUUAGUAAUCACUUGAAUGUGAUAACAAAAUGCUUGGUAGCCAUUGCUGAAAAUGAUUCCUUUGAAAAAUCAAAAUUAUCUUUGAAAUUAUUACAUCAUUUAAUUACCGAUUUUGGCGAGAAUACUAUGAUUUUCACUCAACUACCGGCUUCAGAGAGCUUUAUGGAACUAUGUGAAAUCCAAAGCAAAAAAUCCGCUUUUCCCAAAAAUAUUAGGGAUUUGCUGGAUAUUUUGGAAUCCUCAAUUUUAAUCCAAAAAUGCAGUAACAACACUUUAGGAACAUUAAGAAAAUAUAUAACCAAAUUUAAAGAUAAUAUAAGCACAAAUGAUCAUACUUUUUGUGAUUUGAUCCGUCGAUUAUUGGAAGUAGUCUGUAACGCUCACAAUAAAUAUUUACGCCUGGAGGCAGCGAAAUGUCUUGGGGAAAUUGGCUCCCUUGAAAUAGCAAAUACUUCAUUCUAUUUUCAAAAGAAUUCAUCCUUUUAUGACAACAUCACAAGUUCAAUGGAUGGUAACGAACUCUUUUCGAUAAACGUUGCAAGAAUAUUGGACAAAAUAUUGAUGCAAUUCAAUACAAUUACCUACGAAGCAUUGUUUAGAGUAUCUACUGAGUUAAUUGAUUCGAAAUGCGCAAAAUCUAUUUUAGAACUGUAUCCAUAUUUGGCAAUUUUUCAAAGCGAUAAGAAGGCAAAUCAAGAUUGGGAUCCAAGUUUUGUCAUCGAACCUGCGGAUUGGUUAUGUAUUUUAAAUUCGACAGAGACACUAGAGUAUGAGACAUGGAUCUGUGUGUUUGUUAGUAAAGUGCUUAAAAGCUGCGGUUGGACAGCACUCUGUAACUUGGCUUCUAAAGAUAUGUAUGUGGCGAAUGAAAUACUUUUGCCUUUUAUUACGCUUUUAAUGUCCAAUAAAGGGCGACAUAUAGAUAGUAUUAUGUCAAUGCUCGCUCAUUAUUUCAAAACAUUGAAUAUGGUUCUUGGAAAAAUCGAAACUGAUCAGAUUGGAGCUCAAGAGAUUUAUAAAGACAAGCGAAUAAUACAAAUAUUUCUAAAAAUGUGUGAAUGCAUUCGUUUAAAUAAUGAGUGUUCUGUGCCAAUGAAUUUGCUGUAUGUUGCUAAAGCUAGUAACCAUUGCCAAGCAUUCUUUAUGACAAUUAUGUAUACUGAAUUAUGGGCAUUGUCAGAGACUGCAUCUAAUGAGAAGCAGUCCAAAGUAGAGGAGUAUUUAAAAAAUCCAUCAUUUCAGGAAGUAGCAAUAAAGGCUUAUAAAUCCAUUGGUUGUUACGAUGCCAUUUCUGGGUUUCUUUCGCCUUUAAAUUCUCGUUUGGAAUUUCUUAAUUUAAACAACGACUGGUCCGAAAUGAUACUUCAAAACUCAUUUAAGAAUACAUCGUCUAAUACACUUUGUACUACAGCAUUAAAACGAAAUGGUAUUUUAUGUCUCGAUGAUCUGGGCAAUAAAGACACCGCAAAUUCAGUCGACUACGAAGUAUGUUGGAGAUUAUGUCAAUGGGAUACUCCCGUAGAAGGGCAUUUGAAAGUAAAUGUGGAAAAUGAUCCUGAAUCGGAGUUUAAGAAGCAUCACUUCAAUGCUUUAAAAUGUCUAUAUAAUCGUGAACAGCACAAUUGUUUAGCGGCCAUCGCAAACGCUCGACAAUGCGUAAUUUACAAUUUGAUGGGAAUAAGCACCGAAUGUCUACAAAGUGUUUACAAAUAUCUAACAUGGUUGCACAUACUUCAGCAGACUGAGGAUUUUUGUCAAGUCCAGUUUAUUUCUGAUGUAGAUAUUAAAUCGAUAUUUUCAAAGUGGCAAUUGCAAAAUAAUCUAAAAUAUGGAAACUUUUAUUGCAAAGAACUUAUACUGUCGCACCAGAUAACUCUGUUUAAUACAGCAGGAGUCCGUGGGCAAAGAAGGAUAAUUGAUUUUUUCAAAUAUAGCCCGACCGAAACUGGUUUGCUAAAUAUCAUUAAAGAAUGCAAAAAAUCGGGUGAAAUUAAUUUGGCGAAACGUAAUAUAUUAGCUCUUAGAGAAGCAGAUAUUACAAACGAAUACGUUAAGAUUAAUUUAUUACUUGAAGAUGCAGAAAUUUCUUUUCGAUGCGGAAGUAUUGAAAUAACAGAAUCAUUGUUAAAGCACAUAUUAACACACAAAGAACUGGGCGCUUGCCCACAACAAGCACGUGCUCUGCGAAUGUACGGAGAAUUUCUCUUGGAGACUAAUUCGCAAAGUUUUGAAUACGUUCUAGAAAAAAUGUUUAAUAGAUCUAUGCUUUACCUGGAGAAGAUAUUAAAAUCUCAAAAAUACAGUGAUAAUGAUGAAUUAAGUUUUUUAUAUUUAGGAAAUCUAAAACCAGCUGAAUUUGAAAAGGAAAACCAAAAAGAAGCAUACGAAUUAAUAGCGAAAUAUGCCGAUCGUGAAUAUGUUCAAUCUAAUGCGUACAUCAAUUCUGAUGAAUUUAAACUGAAAUGUCAAAUCAUUCAACAAAACAGACAAACAGCGGAUUCAAUUGGUCGACAACACAGAGAUCGUGAUAUUAACCAUGGUGUAAUCAUAAUGAAAAAGUAUGCAAAUUUGGAUGAGACGGAGAUAAAAUUUAUUGAGGAAAAACGCUCAAAUAACUUGUGCAUUGCUGUUAAGAAUUAUAUGAAAUUUUGUCAAAUUGAUUCUGGAUUUUCUGAUGCUGCAAUAUACAGGAUAAUAGCAUUGUGGUUUGCCAAUAAGCAAGAUGAAGCAUUAUAUAAAGAAAUAAAGGAUAAUGUGAACAUAAUUCCUUCCUAUAAAUUUAUUUGCGCUUUGAAUCAGAUUACCGCUAGAUUAAAUACGAAACAAGUGGAUUUUAUUACCAUCAUUAAAGAAAUAUUAGUUAACUGCAUACAAGAUCAUCCACAUCACACACUUUAUCAGUUGUAUCCGUUAAUUUUUGAUGAUACAGGAGGAAAAUCAAGUAAUAGUCGUUCGACCAUUGCUGCCGAAAUAAUUACAAAGGGUCGAAACUCGUCAAAUGCACAAUCUGCAAAACAGUUGGCAAUGCUAUUUCCUGCUUUAAUUAAGUUCGCAGAUGCUGAUUGUGGAAAGAGUUCUACUAUGGCAUUAUGUGACAAAUUAAAAAGAAUGAAAUGCUUAGACGCUGUUCAUUGCCCAACAAUUGAACUUCCAGUAUUACCUAAUAAGGCAUACGCAAUAAUAAGUAUCGUACGGUGGGAAGAAAGCGUGUCACUAGUAGGAGGUAUAAAUGCUCCAAAAAAACUCAACUGUUUAUGUUCUGAUGGAAAAUCGCGGCCUCAACUUUUAAAAGGUCGAGAUGAUUUGCGUCAAGAUGCUGUAAUGCAGCAAUAUUUUUCCCUAAUGAACACACUAUUGUCCCACGAUCCGAAAACGAGUGAACGGAAAAUUAAUAUUCGCACUUAUAAAGUUGUACCGCUCUCAAGGAGAAGUGGAAUAUUAGAGUGGUGUGAAAGUACUAUACCGAUCGGUAUGUAUUUGGGUAGUGGAAGCGACAAGGCUGGCGCACAUCGGAAAUAUCGGCCUGCUGAUAUCACACCCUAUAAGUGCCGUCAAAUAUGUAUGCAACAUCUUAAAUCCGACAUACAAAAGCGACUGUCGAUUUACGAGCAAAUAUGCUCACAAAUAAAGCCCGUUUUCCAUUAUUUUCUGAUGGAAAAAUUUGUAGUUCCAGGAAUUUGGUUUGAACGACGCCUAGCUUACACCAACAGUGUGGCUGUGAAUUCCAUGGUUGGCUUUGUUGUGGGUCUAGGCGAUCGACAUACUCAGAAUAUACUGAUUGAUGAGAAAUCUGCUGAAUUAAUUCAUAUCGAUUUCGGAAUUGCUUUUGAGCAAGGAAAAAUAAUGCCUACCCCAGAAACCGUACCAUUUCGUCUAACCAGAGAUAUGAUUGCGCCAAUGGGCAUUUGUGAAACAGGUGGGGUAUUUAAGAAAGCAUGCCAAUCAACAUUGGAAGUUUUGCGAAAAAAUCAUUCCGUAAUAAUUACAAUUCUUGAAGUUUUACUAUAUGAUCCGCUAUAUAUUUGGAAUGUAGUGCCAACACCCGCUGGAUCUAAAGAUGAUGAGAAAAAUUUAACUGCACAACGUGCUCUUUUAUGUGUACAGCAUAAGUUGGAAGGAAGGUUAAGUAACAUCACAGGAACCGUCAAUACUGACAUUCAAGUGCAAAGGUUAAUAAAUGAUGCUAUUUCCAAACAAAAUCUUUGUCGUCUAUACCCUGGAUGGGAUCCGUAUUUAUAGAUACAAUCACAUGUAUUAUUAUUUCAUCAUUAUUAUUAUUGUUUGCUUACACAUUUUUUAAUAAAAAAAGUAGA